UGGCGACGCGUUCAUCUUGAGUUGCGCCCAGUGAAACAUUCCAUAAGAACGCGUUUUUAGCUAUUCUCGUAGACUUUUAAAGCCUUAAAUUUGGUUUUAAAAUUACCUUAAAUAAAUAUUAUCAGGAUUCUUUUCGGUGGCGAGGAAAUCUCAAGGUCUGUUGUUGGGAUAACAAAGGUAUCUUCAUCCAAGGCGAUUUGGCUGCUGUUUACAGACGUGAGAGUGUGAUUGUUUCGGGCGUGAGGAACUGCGAUAAGUUGACUUACUACCAUUUCAGGCGUUCUGUUUUCAUUCGUUAUAAACGGGACGCUGCGGGUUCAUAUCCGUUGGAUUGCAUCGCUGAUUAUUUGCAAGCGCUUUUCUCGCGCAGACAUUCGCAAUCGUGCCACGCGAAGUUGAACAAUCUGUUGAGCGUCUCGCGACUGCACUGUAAAUAUCGCGGGCCAUUUUUUUUUUUAUUUCACGAUUAAAACCACGGUUGCUUUUUCUGAACUGAAAUACUUUGCAGCUGUUUUGGCAAAGUCUGGUUACUACUCUCAACUUUAGGAAGGAUAGCUAUAGCAUGUUAGCCCAGACUAGCUAAUUAGCUUCAGCUAACGGACUGAAAUUGUCUCUUGUUAAAAACUCGCUUGUUAUUGUAGCUUGAACAGCUCUCAGACUGUUUAGAAUAGAUCACUGUUAAAAGUAUAUAGUUUGUUUAUUUACAGACUACUCGUUUUCUCUAUUAAACAAGCUAGGUCACAAUUUUCGUGUCCUUAUCGAUAAGUUAUCCUAUCCUUACUUGCCAUUGACCCCGAUGUAAGACGGGGCGAAUCAUUGAAUUUCAAAUAGCUGGCUCAACGGCUAACUAAAUUCAUCGUCAUCGCGGUAUUUGCUCUUAAAUGACCACCGGUAGGAAUAACAGGGUGAUGAUGGAAGGAGUGGGUGCUCGAGUUAUCCGGGGGCCUGACUGGAAGUGGGGUAAACAGGACGGAGGAGAGGGGCACGUCGGCACCGUGAGGAGUUUUGAGAGCCCGGAGGAGGUGGUUGUGGUGUGGGAUAACGGCACCGCCGCCAAUUAUCGCUGCUCUGGAGCGUAUGACGUGAGGAUAUUAGACAGUGCGCCCACAGGAAUCAAGCACGACGGCACCAUGUGUGACACCUGCCGGCAGCAGCCCAUCAUCGGGAUACGAUGGAAAUGCGCAGAGUGCACCAACUAUGACCUCUGCACCACCUGUUACCAUGGUGACAAGCAUCACCUGCGCCACAGGUUCUACCGCAUCACCACACCUGGCAGUGAGAGAGUCCUUUUGGAAUCGCGUCGCAAGUCAAAGAAGAUCACUGCCCGAGGCAUCUUUGCAGGAGGACGGGUGGUGCGUGGAGUGGACUGGCAGUGGGAGGACCAGGAUGGAGGGAAUGGCAGAAGAGGGAAGGUGACAGAGAUCCAGGACUGGAGUGCUGCCAGCCCCCACAGCGCAGCCUACGUCCUCUGGGACAACGGAGCUAAGAACCUCUACCGAGUGGGAUUCGAGGGAAUGUCUGAUUUGAAAUGUGUGCAAGAUGCCAAAGGUGGCGCUUUUUACAGAGACCAUUGUCCAGUGUUGGGUGAACAGAAUGGCAACAGAAACCCAGGAGGCCUGCAGAUUGGAGACUUAGUCAACAUUGAUCUGGAUCUGGAGAUCGUUCAGUCGCUGCAGCAUGGUCACGGAGGCUGGACUGAUGGCAUGUUUGAAACACUCACCACCACUGGCACCGUGUGCGGCAUUGAUGAAGACCAUGACAUUGUUGUUCAGUACCCUAGCGGAAACAGGUGGACAUUUAAUCCGGCUGUACUCACCAAGGCAAAUGUGGUGCGUAGUGGAGAAGUGGCAGCUGGUGCAGAAGGAGGCAGCUCUCAGUUUAUGGUGGGAGACCUGGUCCAGAUCUGUUAUGACAUCGACCGCAUCAAAUUGCUCCAGAGAGGUCAUGGAGAGUGGGCUGAAGCUAUGCUGCCAACCCUUGGGAAGGUGGGCCGAGUUCAGCAGAUCUACUCUGACAGUGACCUGAAAGUUGAGGUGUGUGGGACGUCCUGGACAUACAAUCCAGCCGCUGUUACUAAAGUGGCUCCUUCUGGCUCUGCUGUUACCAAUGCCUCUGGAGAGCGCUUGUCUCAGCUCCUCAAGAAGCUCUUUGAGACCCAGGAGUCUGGAGACAUUAAUGAAGAACUGGUGAAGGCUGCAGCCAAUGGAGACUUAGCCAAAGUGGAGGACAUUCUUAAGAGGCCAGAUGUAGACGUGAAUGGGCAGUGCGCAGGACACACUGCUAUGCAGGCGGCCAGCCAGAAUGGCCAUGUGGAUGUCCUCAAACUGCUGCUGAAACAUAAUGUAGACCUGGAGGCUGAGGAUAAGGAUGGAGACCGAGCUGUCCAUCAUGCAUCCUUCGGGGACGAGGGCUCCGUCAUCGAGGUGCUGCAUCGAGGCGGGGCUGACCUGAAUGCCAGAAACAAGCGCAGACAGACACCCCUGCACAUUGCUGUAAACAAGGGCCACCUACAGGUGGUGAAGACAUUACUUGAAUUUGGCUGCCACCCCAGCCUGCAGGACUCUGAGGGAGACACACCUCUGCAUGAUGCCAUCAGCAAGAAGAGGGAUGACAUGCUGUCUGUGCUCCUGGAAGCAGGUGCUGAUGUCACCAUUACCAACAAUAACGGCUUCAAUGCACUUCACCAUGCAGCUCUGCGGGGGAACCCCAGUGCAAUGCGUGUGCUGUUGUCUAAACUGCCACGGCCAUGGAUAGUGGAUGAGAAGAAGGACGAUGGUUACACUGCCCUUCAUCUGGCUGCCCUCAACAACCAUGUGGAGGUGGCAGAGCUCCUAGUCCAUCAGGGAAAUGCCAAUUUGGACAUACAGAACGUUAACCAGCAGACGGCAUUGCACCUUGCCGUUGAGCGUCAGCACACCCAGAUUGUACGACUGUUGGUACGAGCCGAAGCCAAAUUGGACGUGCAAGACAAGGACGGAGACACGCCACUGCAUGAGGCUCUGCGUCACCACACACUUUCUCAACUGCGCCAACUUCAGGACAUGCAGGACGUCAGUAAAGUGGAACCCUGGGAGCCCUCUAAAAACACAUUAAUAAUGGGACUGGGCACUCAGGGGGCUGAGAAGAAGAGCGCAGCUUCUAUUGCUUGCUUCCUGGCUGCUAAUGGUGCUGACCUCACCAUCCGUAACAAGAAGGGUCAGUCUCCUCUGGACCUGUGCCCUGACCCCAGUCUCUGCAAGGCCCUGGCUAAAUGCCACAAAGACAAGUCCAGUGGACAGGUUGGCUCUCAUAGCCCAUCUCUGAAUGGUAAUAAUGAGACUCUGGAGGAAUGCAUGGUGUGCUCGGAUAUGAAGAGGGACACAUUGUUCGGCCCCUGCAGUCAUAUCGCCACCUGUUCUCUAUGCUCCCCCCGCGUCAAGAAGUGUCUCAUAUGCAAGGAACAGGUCCAGUCCAGAACCAAAAUUGAGGAGUGUGUGGUGUGCUCUGAUAAGAAGGCAGCCAUGCUCUUUCAGCCCUGCGGUCACAUGUGCGCCUGUGAGAACUGUGCCAGCUUAAUGAAAAAGUGUGUGCAGUGUCGGUCCGUGGUGGAGCAACGCAUUCCCUUCGUUUUGUGUUGUGGAGGGAAAGGUAUGGAGGAUGCCACUGAUGAUGAGGACCUUAAAAAUGCCACAGGCCAGGCUGGAUUUGCCCCCAAGCCCACUGCAGGGGUGCAUGCAUUACAUAACAAUGUGACUGGUUGCUUCUCAGCAGGGGUCUCUAACUCAAUGGCAGGGGGGUCACAGGAUCUUCUCCAGCCCAACAAUCUGGCACUAAGUUGGUCCAGUGGAAAUAUCCCAGCCCUGCAGAGGGACAAAGACAACACAAAUGUCAAUGCAGAUGUGCAGAAGUUGCAACAGCAGUUGCAGGAUAUCAAAGAGCAGACCAUGUGCCCUGUGUGUUUGGAUCGACUGAAGAAUAUGAUCUUCAUGUGUGGCCACGGCACCUGUCAGCUUUGUGGAGACAGAAUGAGUGAGUGCCCCAUCUGCCGCAAGGCCAUCGAACGUCGGAUCCUGCUUUACUAGAGAACCCGGUCUCAAUUGGGGCCUUGACAAACAUCCUUGCUUUUCAGCCACAGUGGGUGCUGCUGCUCUCAUAAGCACCAUUUCUGUAUCUGCAAGGCUCUCUGUCUCUCACUAAUCUAAGAAUCAUCAGUGUUAUAGUUUUGUCUUAAAGCAUCUGAAAUCCUUAAAUUCAACAGCCUUAGGCUCAUAAUUGUCUGGAAAACUUCAGUUUUCUGUGUGCUUGGAUUAUUUUCAACGCAGUGAGGAAGAAACUUGCUUUUAUUCUUUAUUCUCGUUCUGUUCAUGCAAAUGUUCGAGUUUUUGUGAGAAGCAUAACAGCACCUUUUAAGGGGCAGGCUUUCUAUAAGACAUGAACUGAGUCUGCUAACUUCUCAUUAUAUCAGUGUAUUAUGCUUCUAUAUCCUGUCGCAAGCACAACUGUAUCUACAGAAUCAGUGUAGGUGAAGACGUAGGACUUGACUGAACACUGAAAAUAUCUAUAGUAUGUCAAUUCAUUUUAAAAUCACUUUUCGAGUAACCUAGCGUUCAGUUCCAAAUCAUGUGUAAAUGUAAUGCAUUUUCAUUUACUGACAAAAAAGUUUGCCUUGUUCACACACAUUGAUGAGAACAUUCAAAUAUAAUUAGCAACAGUACUGUUAGUAUAAAAUUUCAUGGUCCUCACUUGAAAUGCCAGCUGUACUACAGUAUAUACAUUGAGUAUUAUUGUCACCCAUGAUGGAGGUGACUGUCACAAGAUCAAUGCUGGUGGCUGCAUGCUUUUCAUGGAACUGAUCCCUGUUGUCUUCAAACAAAUAUUAAUUUGCUUAAAGGUGCUGUAAGUGAUUUUAAAAUUUUUUUCAUGGAAGGGUAUGUGAAAAAUGUUUUCCUACACCAUGAAAGAUAUCAAUGAAAUAAGUGUUGUGAGAUAUCUCACCUGUCUCUGUGACUGCUCUAGACUCCGUAAACAAAAAGUGUCCGUGGGCCAUGGUCAAUUACACUUUCUGCCUGUUAAUCAUUUUGCGUAUUCUCAUAGAAUUGUAGUUUCAGCGAAUUGAGUCAUAAUGCUAUUUUUAUUGCAUGUUGCUCAACAGUUUUCAGGUGAAGCCCCUAUUUUGCUGCUGUUGUUUUUGACAACCGUUUCUUCAUGAUGUUGGUCUCAAUAAAGCUCAUUUGGUAUCUUUUGAGUGUGUGGAUUUGGAUAGAGGGAGCCUGGCUAAUUCAACAGCUCAGCUUGUAGAAAAUCUAAAAGCAAGCUAAAAUCACUUACAGCACCUUUAACAAACAUUAUUGGAUUGUUCCCCAGCGGUCCUGCUUAUUGUACCAAGUUUUCUUGCCAGAUAUUUAAUACAAAUAAGGAUGAGUUUGGUAAAAACUGCCGGUUUUGUGCCAUUGUUUAAACAAAUAUGAAAUACUUCCAUUUACCUUUUGGAAAUAAGGUGCUGUUUAUCUAUCUUUACAAAUGUCUUUAGUUAAUUUAUGUAUUUUACAUAUUAUAUAUUUUUUUUUUUUACAUAAAAUUAAUAAACAAGCUGGAAUAUACCAUCUUAUAAUACCCCAUUAGAUGUAACUAUUAUGGGGGUCCUACCUUAACUGGGCCGCAAAAAAGCCUGACCAAAAAAACAUUUGUAGCCAUGGACUAUUAACAAAAAUGGUCUUUCAUUUAGCAAUUUGGCAUCUUUCUGUGCUUGCUGUCAAGAUGCAUUUUGAAGGCCUGUAUCACAUUGUCAUGUGGCCCGUUCCAAUAUAUUCAUCAUGGUGCCAGAGAUCUGAAGUUACGUCUGUAGCUUGAUGGCAUGUUUCAUUUUAGUGUGACUCACCACUGCAAAGCAGACAUUUUUACUGGAAGCAAAACUAGUUUCAUAUUUUACCUUUUAAAUAUUUGUAUCAUUUUCUGUGAUCACUUUAACACUAAAAGCUAGAUGCACUAAAAUACCUUAAUGGUAGUAUUGUAUUGUCAUGGUUACUCAAGCUGUCUGUUUUGUACCUUAUUUUCAGUACACAAAAAACUGCCCUGGUUAAAAAAACAAAAAAACAUUGAUACUAUCUUUUUUCUUUUUCUUGAAUGAACGUUUGCUAUAUGCUGUACAACAUUUAUCAUAGGAGACAUUGUUUUUGCCCUGUAUUGCAUUUUACUUUAAAGCAUUGCCUAAUAAAGAUUUAAUGACAUGGAGUAAAUUUGUAAUUGUAGC